AUGGUUGAUGGGGUUGGACUUCCACUUAAUGCUGCAGACCUUCUCCCUACACUGGUAAAGCUGACUAAAAAAGUUACUGAACAAGUGAGACUUCUAGCAGGUCACUACAUACCCCAACUUGCUUCUCUCAUUCUCUCAGAAAACAAGAAAACUAACGGAACAAACAUUAAUCUUCAUGGGAUUGCGAUUGGGAAUGCUGUGAUAGAUGACAAUGCAACUGAUGAAGGGAUUUAUGAUUUCUACUGGACACAUGCUCUAAACUAUGAUGAGACAAAUGCAGGGAUCAACGAGUAUUGUGGCUAUGGUUCUGGGAAUUUCUCAGCAGAGUGUUUUCAUUAUCAAAGCCAAUCAGGUAGUGAAUAUGGUGUGAUUGAUAUUUACAACAUCUAUGCACCAUUAUGUGAUGGAUGUAUCCAGAAACAUGCAGCUAGAUCUAUGUGCAAGAAGCUCUUGAUGUCCGAAAUACCUCAUGGGGAUUUUGCGGACAACCCAACAACCAUUUUGCCUACUAUCACUCAACUUAUUGAAAAUGGAAUUAGUGUCUGGAUAUACAGUGGUGACACAGAUGGAUGUAGACUACUUGGAGACCAUGGUACAAUAAAAAAGAGGUUGGAGGAUAUAAGAGGAAAGGUGAUUUUGGGAGGUCACAACCAGCAUCUGAUGCACUGUCAAAAGGUGCUUGGUCUUGAAGAGAGAAAUAGAUGUCCAACAACUUCGGUGGUAUGGCUACUGGAAAAGUAUAAGAGACAAUGGCUGGAAGAACUGGCUAAAAUUUCAGAAAAGGUGAGCAAACAAAUGUUGGAACUGUACGAACAAAACAAAGUGGCACCAACUCAGACAAGGAACUACUUGAAUUCUGGAGAAUAUAAAGGUUGCAAUUUCAGCUUUGAAUACCGAUUGAGGGUUAGUCUUGGACCUGUUGGAGACUUGUUGUUGACAUCUCGUGUCAGAAAUACAAACACAGAUCAAAAACCAUUUUCUUUCACUGUUGCAUAUAAAACCUAUUUUUCUUUUUCAGAUAUCAGUGAAAUCUGUGUAGAAGGAUUGAAGACGUUGAAAUUAAGCACAAGAUAAGGAAGGUAGGUCCGACUUGGGACAUGGAGACUCAUGAAGGAGACAAUUACACACAUAUUCAAGUAAGAGACAGAGUUGGAUGAUUAUUUGAUAGUUUUAUAGGAAUGUAUAACCCAUGUUAGCAAUGAAUUAUUUUUGUUUAACAUUUGAAUGAUUAUUUGUAUGACAUAUUAUAAUUUGUGCAAUUUAUUUUAUUUUUUGUGUAUGAAAUUUUAUUUUAUAUUA